CUACAGAGUGGGCAAUUUCAAAAGUCUUUAUAGGUGUUUGUGCACCAUUGUUCUGGGUCUCUCCUACCUCCUUGCAAUGAGGAGCGGGAACUUUGUUGCAACAGAAAAAUAAAGAUCUGCCUUGCCUGCCUUCCAUGGAUCUUGCUUCCGUCCAUUCAUCUCUGACUGAUCAUGGACUUAGGGGACUCAGUCCCUUGGGAGUUGGGCAGCAAAGCCAAUCCCCCUAUUUUUUCUAUAACACUGUCUUUACUGAUUAUUUUAUUGUCUUAUUGCACAGGUCCCUCCUCCUUUUUAUAUACAUUUUAUUCCAAGAGACUGUUAGACAUAUUAUCCUUCUGUUUCUUUGCUGUUCCAUCAUUUCCUAGUCCUUCAUUGGUUCUAAAUAAGAUACGAAGAGAUGGCUAAGAUAUUUCAGAUUUUUAAGGGGGGGGGGUCAUGCUGUAUAUACACACAGAAUGAAAAUCAGAUCAAAAACAAAAGGCCAUGCCCCAAGUUCCUUAGAAGGUUGGAGAUUCAAAACGGGGGACUUCUCAAUUUCAGUUUAAAAAGUCCUCGUUCUUUCAAUCAAUGCUGUGUAAUUCUCAAAGUGACCACUGGAUGGCAGAUGAAGCGAGAGAGCUGUGCCAGAAGAUGAGAGGAAAAUGGGUGGCAGAAAGAGAGUAAAAAUGGGGUAUACAGAUUAGUCUCUAGUCUCUGCCAAGUGGUGGCUUCAGCCUAUCCUGCUGCCAGCAUGUGGACCCUGACAGAGUACCCCCAAAACAAAGUGGUCCUCAACAGAAAGAAGCUUGCCCACCCCUGACAUCAGACACCUCAGGGUGUCUUUCUUGCAGAAGACAGGAUGAGGUAGAAACUUGCGGCAAAACUGGCACCAAUGUCUUCAUUUCAUUCUGCUCUCUCACUUGGCUUGGAAACAGAAACGGCAGAGAGAGAAACUAGGGAGAGUGUGAGCCUCUCCAUUCUCCUGGGUCUCUUUUGCAGAAGGGGGAAAAAGGCAGGUCCCCGAAGGAGGUGACGUUGAUUGUUCCCCCACACCAGGACUUCCCCACCCCUCGCCCGGCCCCAGGGAUCUUCACACUUCCGUUUGAUCCCCUGCGCUUUUUAUCAUCCGCCAACUAGUCUCGCUUAAACAUUAAUGGGAAAAAAUUGCAUGCAGAAAUACCGCAUCGGAGAUAAGCACAGUAGCAGUCAGGAGCCUCUGUUUUGAAAGUCCUCCAGCAAGGUGAAAAUGGCACAUGGCAACAGCUGGAGAGAGGGAGGGAGGGAGGGGGGGAGAGAGAAAUGGGUGGCUUAAGCUGGGAUAAAGAACCAUUUUCAGCCCGAGAAUCACAUUCCUUUCUGGGCAACCUUCUGAGGCCGUCCUUUCCUUAGGUGUCCACAGUACUGUAUCUUUGCAAGUGGUGGGGUAGAACCCAGAGCAAACUGGUGCUGCUUCCAGAGGCUCCCUUGGCAGCACCACCAGACCCAGUGGUCACCAACCAGCACGGAUACGAGCCAAGGAGGAAGCAAUCUUUGUAGUUUGUGUGUCCCCACUGUUUCUCAGCUAUGGAGCUUGGAGGGUACGAUAGGAUCCAGCCUAUCGUGAUGCCUGUGUGUGCAGGCUAGAUAAGAGCCAUAAAGCACUUACACUUCAGAGAACAAUAAAAUAUUGGUGGCCACUGAUAUGGACAUUACAUAUUUUGAUGGCUGGGAGAAUCAAGGGCAGAAUAAUUCGGUGUUAUUGCCAAGCACCAGGAACCCAGGGAGCUGUGUGGCGUUACUGAUUAACAUCCUUCUUAGCAUUAUUUUCCUGACAUCAGCAUGGCUGAAAGCCAACUCACUAAUAAUCGCUCAUAUCAAUACCAGUAAAGCAUCAUGGAAACUGCAGCGGUUACUGUGCAGCCAGAGAUGAGCGCAGCAAGAUCUCAUUCCUCCCUGCAGAUGCUUGUUGGAAAGCGAAAGUUCCUCUCCUGGACGAGCUAAAGAAGGAACAGACCAGGGCAAAUCUCUGAAAACAGCGGAAGGAAUGCAAAACACAGAUUCUCCUGAAGAAGAAAUGCAAAAUACAGGUGAUAUAGGACGCAUCGUUGGAAUUUCAGGCUCAGAGGGCCCAGCCUCUCCUGUGGGACAACCCGGCCUAGGUGCCCCAAAUCAACCGGCUCUGGACACGAACCCGCCAAACUCUUUCCCUCCAGCCUUUUGGGUAGUGACUCUUCCAGACAGCCCUGCAGAGAAAGUGGACCUUAGAUGCUCCUCUGCAGUCCCAGCUGCAGACACAGACUGUGUCAUCUGCUUUAACCGGUACAGUCUUAGCAGACUGCCAAAACUUCUGGCUUGCCAGCAUGUCUUCUGCGCCGUCUGCCUGAAGCUUAUCCUGAGGAACAACGGGAAGACGUGGGAAAUUGUCUGCCCCAUCUGCCGAAAAGCCACCUUCGUCUUUGGGGGCCUUAUCUGCAGCCUCCGCGAUAAGGAGCAAGCCGUUCUUGAGCCCUUGCCAAACCCUAGCUGGAAUGCAGAGGGUCUCUUUCCUCUGGAUGCUCGGAGAGGGAAGCCGCUGGCUCGUGGCACUUUCCACGUCAACCCAGAUGAUGGCGGCAGCAGCGAUAAUGUCAGGGUGGCUGCCAAGAGGCUAGUCUUCCUUCUGCUGCUCUCAGCCCUGCUCGCGGCCCUCAUUCUACCUAUCUUGGAUCAGGGGCUGUUGAAGUGGGCCAUCUGCAUCACCAUGGGCUUGGGACUGGCCUUAGCUGGGGUGCUUUGCUUCAACCCAAAGUGGAGGUGCAGCAGCCUCUGUGGUUCUCUCCCCUCCUGGAGAAUGAGAGCAAGUCACAUCACCUCUGUUGCCUGAAAGUUUCCCACACUGCAAUUAUUAAACUAUGGAACCUUCUUCCAGAAGAGGUAGGGAUGGUCACCAACAUGGAUGGCUUUAACCUGGACCUACUUGACCCGUGCGAUCGCCUUACUCCAUAUAAACCCACUCGACCAUUUCAAUCUACAGAACUGGCAUUGUUACAGGUGCGACCUAAUACUUGUUUUACCUUUGUAAGAAAUCAUUUAGUGUGGCAAAACCUACACUUUGGAACUCCCUGCCUGUUGACAUCAAGCAGGAGCCUUCACUGUACGCUUUUCAGCUCCUGCUAAAAACAUUUUUGAUUAGACAAGUCUACCCAGAUACCUAGAAUGUUGAAAUGUGUUUCAAUCUGUUUUUAGCUCGUUGGUGAUUUUAUUUUUGAAUGUUCUGUUUUUAACUUUUUGACUGAUAAUCUUAUUGUUUUAUUCUUUUUGUACACCACUUCGUUUGUUUUUACAAUUAAGAGGUACAGGUAUAUGGAUUUUAUGAGAAAUAACAGAGCACCAGCCAAAUUUAUGGAGGAUUAAGACUACCAAUGGCUGUGUUCCACCUCCAUUGCCAGAGGCUGCUGGGAAUUACACUCAUGCCCUCCUUGCAGGCUUCCCUUAAUGGACAUCUGGUUGGCUACUAUGUGAAGAGGACGCUGGGUAAAAUGGGUCUGAUCCAGCAGUCCCUUCUUAUGUUCUUAAAAACAGACACAUGAUGCGUGAGACGGUUUGGGUUGCAAACUUCCUUCAGCUGUGCUGCGCUGGCUGGGGCUGAUAGUCUAGAACGAGGGCACUAGGCUGGGAAUAGCUGGUAUGCAAGGCCUGCUGGGAGCCUUGCAAAUGGCAGUUAAACUGCCACAGUUGCUUACCAUUGCCAUGGUGCUGGCAGGUUCCAGCUUUUGUAUGCAGAGCAACAACAUCAGCAUCCCAAAGUGGUCAACUACGAUUGGUCUUCUGGUGGCCAUUCCGUUCAAGCCCAUUGGGACUUUAGGCCAAUGGGGGGCUCGGACAUGCAUCGGAAGCAAGUUGAUUGGUUGUGGGCUACCAGCUGCAGGGAAUAUAAGGCCAGGAUCAGUGCCGUUUGGAGGUCAGUUGAACAGUCCUAGGGGGGCUGUGAAGUUCAGUGAGGAUCUUAAGAAGACUCUGGAAGAGGGAAGCGGAGGAGCCUGAAGCCAGGAAGGUCUGUGAGAGAGGAGAGGAGGUCUCCUGUAAUACGUUUGGGGAAGAAUGGAGCCCAGUGAAUCAGCUGUUAGGCAAGUCAUCUGAAGAAGCUCCUGACCAGAGUGAAGACUCCUGGUGGUGACCUCAGGGAAGCCUGCCAGAUAACUGAGGGGAAGUGAACCUGACCAGACUUCAAGUGAAGCGCUCCAAGCAUAUCUGAAUUAACUGAGGUAGAGUUGGGAAUGAUACCUGGUUAUUGCAUAGCAGUACCUGCACCUCUCUGGACUACAACUCCAUUGAGCCCUGGCCAUAUUGGCUGGGGCUGUGGGAGUUGGAUUCCAAAAACAUUUGGAGGGCCAAAUAUUUUCCAUUCCUGGCUGAAAAGGAACAGCAGCAGACACCUAGCCAUCUUCUUAAAGCAACACCAGCAUUCUUGUAACAUCUAUUUAAGGCAGCAAUAACAUAUUGCAUCUGAUGUUUAAAUCACAUUUACUUACUAGCAAGUAUAAUCUCAUUAUGUAGUAUUAAUAAUAAUCUUUAAUAAAUGUUAAUAUCUUUGUUUAACUACAAAGUAUACAUAUCUGGUCUGUUUUCUUCUAUGCCUAAAUCCACAGGUACUGUAUUUGUAAAAGGUAAGUAAGAAAUAGUAAAUAAGUAAGGUUUAAAAAAAAGGGUAAAGGACUCUUGGAUGGUUAAGUU